AGAGCCCAUGCUUUGACUGUCGUUUUAAUCUCUAGAGAGAGUCUUCUUUCACCUAUUUGAGGAUUUCCUCUUACAAAACCCUAAACCCUUCGAUUGCCGCAGCCUCACCACUUUGAAAUUUGAAACCCUCACAGCAAUCGCCGUUCUCCCUGACAAUCGCCGGCGCCCCUUCGAAACCAUUGCCGUGUAUAUAUGCUUAAAAGCCAAAUUAAAAAUACAGCAAACGUAAACUCUAGCCUUCUAGCAUUUAGACCUCGCCAAGUGGUGCUCCGUAAGCCUCCUCCAAGCAUGCAGCAAGACGAUAAUAAGCAGAAGAUCCUUCUCAUUUGCUCCAUAGCUCAGUAUCUUGCACGGAGUGGCUUCCCCAAAACUCUAAAAAAGUUCCGAUCAGAGGCCAAAAUUCAGGAAGAUGAUUUGAAGGAUUCCUCAUUGGACUUGGAAGAGAUGUUCUGCAAGUUUUUGGACAAGAACAGUAUCAGUGUGGGAGAGAAAAAGAGGAUUGAUAAGAGUGCUGGUGAUAAACGUAGCAAUUCUAAGAAUGCUGAAGAGACGAUGACACAUGAUACAUUGCCUGUAAAAUCUAAAGAGAAAAAGAAAAAUAAACAAAUCUCUUGCUCACUUGGUGAAGAAGAACAAGUCAGCAAAAAAAUUUCAAAGGAGUCUACUGACAAUGAUGUGCAUGAAUCUCCUGUCAAAAAAUGCAAGGACAAAAAGAAGAAAUGCCUCUUGGAUUCAGAAUCUGUUAUUGAUAAUACUCCAACAGAAUCACUGCCUGAGGCAGUUGAGGAAAAAUCUAAGGAUAUAGUGUUUCAAGAUAGUAAGAAACUACCUGACACAGAGACAGAUGUUAAAUCAAAGAAUAAGAAGAGGAAGAAAAACAAGCAGUCUUCUGAUUACAUUAUUGAUGAUGGAAAAACAAAUGAAAUUGAUUCUGAAAAAGGGGAUUCUAAGACUUCAAGUGCAAAGGACGAUGCAGCUUGCAAAGAGAAAAAAGGUUCUAAGAAGAGAAAAAGGGUGGCUUCUGAAGAAGAUGCUGGUCAACUUCCUGGUGAUAAGCAAGAUGAAGGAUCCAAACAUAGAGAGACAGAAGAAUCCAAACGUAGAAAGAAAGACAGUUUUGAAGAACCCAAGACAAAAGGACAGUCUACGCAGUUACAAGUAAUCACAACAACUGAAGGGAAAACUCAGAAAGAAGAAAGCAGCCAAGUUGGUUUAGGUGAUUGUAAACAGAUUAAUGGGCAGUCAAAUGGAAAUCUUGAAGAAAAUGAAGAGAAAUCUUCCGUCCAGAGUACCAUGAAAAAGAAACAGAAUGGUUCAGCUGAGCUGAAGACUGUCGAUCAUUUUCAAAGAAUAAAAGUCGAUGAGGUGGUUUUCUCCUCUGGGAAGCUCAAGGAUAAUUCAUAUUGGGCAAAGGAUGGUGCUGAGAGUGGUUAUGGUGCAAAAGCACAGGAAAUUCUUGAGCAAGUUAGAGGAAGGGGUUUUAGGCAUGAAAAAACAAAGAAAAAGCGUGGAACAUACAGAGGAGGACAGAUUGAUUUGCAAUCCCAUUCAGUUAAAUUCAACUAUUCUGAUGAUGAUUGAUUCAGUAACUUUCUUCUUCAGAUUUUGGGUGUUACUUCCCUGCCUGGACCAAUAUGGUAAUUUAACUUUGCUGUAUUGUUGCCUUUUUUUUUUUUUUUUUUUACUUCUUUACCGUCAUGACAACUUUUCCCAUUAUUGAACAAACUCGAGCAAACUGAGGAAUUUCAAAUUUAUCAGAUGUUCCUUCCUCACGCCUCCUUUCCAUUCAUUUUCAUCUUUCAAUAUUAUUGAACCGUUAUCCUC